AUGACGAUCCUCCUCCAUGAUGUUCAGUACUUACUGCAGAUUCCUGUUGAGGGACGACUGAUGAGUAGGACUUCUGCGCAGCUUGACCAUCCGGAGGUGGGUUUGUGCGCGCUUCUUGGGUUGAACUCGGAGCAGUUGAGUGGUCGUUCGAAGGCCCCUGGAUAUGGUAAUAGGGAUAAGUGGUUGAUGACUCGAUAUUUGCACUUGUUUUCCCCUUUGUUUCUUGAUCGUUUAAGCUUGCAUUAUCGCUUCUUUGGCCUAUUUUACGCUAGGUUGUGUUCCUUUGUCACAUUUCAGGCCCUAGCACAUAAAGUGAAGCGUAGGCGCAAGUUUCAAGUCAAUCGGAGAUCAUUUGGCAAUUCGGGAGAAGAAACACGAUCAUGA